AGCGGCCUCCGAUGCGGCGCGGCGUGAAGAGGCGGCGGCGCCGUCCCCCGGCGGCUCCGGUCACGGCCGGCCGGGGCGGCAGCCUUAGGGCGGGAGGAGGGGCCGGACUGGAGGCGCGGGAGGAGAAGGUGGUGUACUCGCGGUCGCAACUGUCGCUGGCCGACAGCACCAAGGCGCUGGGCGACGCCUUCAAGCUGUUCAUGCCCCGCAGCACGGAGUUCAUGAGCUCGGACGCGGAGCUCUGGAGUUUCCUCUGCAGCCUCAAGCACCAGUUCUCCCCGCACAUCCUGCGCAGCAAGGACGUCUACGGCUACUCCUCCUGCCGAGCCCUCGUCCCCGACCCCCCGCCGCCCCCCGCCGCCCGCGGCCAGAAGCGCAGGCCGGCUCCGGGCGCUGCGGCCAGGAGGAGGCGCCGCGGAGCCCCGGCGGCCGCCACCCGCAGGAGGAAACCCCCGCCGCCGCCGGUCCCCGAGGAGAGCUGCCCGGCCAAGCCCGUGGUCCCCGGGCCCUGCUUCGGGGGCCGCACCCUGGAGGAGAUCUGGAGGGCAGCCACCCCGACGCUGACCACCUUCCCCACCAUCCGCGUCGGCAGCGACGUGUGGGGCGAGCGCAGCCUGGCGGCGGCGCGGCGCCGAGCACGCCAGGUCCUGCGAGUGAACCUGGAACCCGUGGUGAGGCUCCGUCGCUUCCCCGUGCCCCGGGCGUGAGACGCGACCCUGAGGACGCCUCCUGCUGGCCGCGCCCGGCCCGCAGAGGCACGGCCUCCCGCCCUGCGCCGCCCCCUCCGACGGCACCGUGGCCGCCCACCUUGGGACGGAGCUUCCGCCUGGAAGAAUGAACAAGUGUCGGUCGAGUGUUUACAGAUCCGGCCAGGACACUGUCCCCUAGUGCACUUUACGGGCGAAGAAGUCACCAGAUGAUUUUCCUUGCCGCGCGCUCCCAGGAUGCGGCGCCGCCGUCUGGGACUCCGAGGCAGGUGUGUCCUCUACUGCCUCCCCGCACAGGGUCUGCGGAGGGAGGAGACAGCUGGACCCGCUGGGGAGGUUCCUUUUCUUCCUAAUCCUAGACUGAGACGUCUCCAGGACUAUAGGGCAGAUCCGUUUUCUCCCUUUUGGACUCUACCUCACUGGUCUGGAAGUCCUCUGAAGAAAUCAUUAUUUUUCCAAAGGAAUUUGGUUUCGUGCUUGUGUAAUAAAGCCAGAUUUUAUUUUCUUUUUAUCCUCCCCUCCGUUUUCUUUUUGACUGCCACCCCUCUUUCUGGACGAAAUCUCGAACAUAUUUUGUGAUGUUGCACUAGCUUGUGCUCAGGGUAUUCUGAAUCCCACUCGUUCCCUAAAUUUUACUGGAUUCCAAAGCUUUGACCAAGGAUAUUUUUUACGCUGUUCAGGCUUAUGACUGUUAAUAGUGCAAGGAUUUCUAUGGCUUUGAAUUGCAUGGGCUCAGUGAUUACAAACAAAGAGAUGUAAAGUACAACUGUUUAAACGUUUUUAAGGUAUUUGUUAAGAUUUUAUAUUGAAAUUUAAUGUUUAUAUUUACUGAGCUUCUAAAGAAAAUGGUAGAAUACUCAAAGUUUAGGGAAAAUUGACUUGUGAAAUUCUUUUUAAUUGAAUAAAACCACAUAGCUUGUAAUAAAAUAAUGAAUUGUAAAGAACUGGUGUUGGUUACAGGGAUGAAUGAAAACUAAUUGGAGAUGAUUUGGCCUCCACGUAAUGGUCCAAAUACAAAUCCAGCAAUAUUAUUUCAAGGGUGAUUUAUUUCAAAAUGGGAAUUACAUAUGAAAAAUGAAUGUGUGUAAACGUGUUUAAAAUGAUAAACAGAAUACCCAUUAGAAUUCUCAGAACUGAUGAUGACCUAGAGGGGUGGAGACAUUUCUUGAUAUCAAAUUACUUGUUGAACUUUCUUUGAGCAGAAUAGAUCUCUUUUUCUUUUCUUCCUUGUUUCUGUUGUUGGAUAACAAGAAAUGUCCAGAGUAGUGUUCAUCACUUUUGUAAACAUCAUGACAAUUGGUUGACUUUUUUGUUCCAUGAAUUUCCCUUUUCAUCUUCUUUCCAUUCACAAUUAUGUUUGCGGUUAUAGGUCUUUGUUUGACAGCUGAAGACUACAGGAAUCAAGCAGGCAAGCCACACAGAGUACUGACCCUUCUUUUACACUUUUAUAGUAGUGUUUAUACUAUAUGGCCCAGUGUGGAAUUCUUGAUUAUCCAAGUGCCUUUGGUCAUUGGUGGUAGCAAGACUUAAUGGUUUUUAGCCAGUGGUGCCACAGCCAGCUUUUACUGCAAUACCUAAAGGGUCAAGUAGUGUUUUUGUACCACUAUUCUUUCAAAUUGAAGUAUUCUGCCAUGGAAGAAUCCAUACCGGGCUGGAACUUGGCAUAUGAAAUCCUCAGUACUGAGGUUUAUCUCUGCUUGGCAGCUUCUUAGGAAAAUAAUGAGAGUUGGAAUUUUGACUCUUGUGUUCCCAGAAUUCAAAUGGCAUAGCUUUCUGAAAUGAAUCUUUCAAGUUUAAUAGUCCAUAGUAGGGGUUUUGUGACUUUAAUUUCAGUGUUCUUGUUUUGUAAAAGAAAUAUAUAUAUGACUUUAUGCCAGUUUCCCAGUAAGCCUCAUAGUCGUUCAUUCACUACUCAAUGCAUUGUUACAAACACUGUCACAUGAGUAAAUAAAAGCCAAUAAUUAGAAGAUGGAGAGUGUUAUAUUUGUGUUAUAGAAGUUUAGAUAUAUUCUUUUGGUUAUUAGCUUCCAUUGCCAGUUGUAUUUCAGAUACAUAGGGUUUUCUUCCCAACAAUAUAUUGUUAACUUUUAUAGCUAACUAGCACCUGGAAAAAAUAUGUAUUUGUACCACUUCACUAUUGUAUAUAGUUUUAUAUAAUUAAAAAAUAAAUCCUAUUGCCAUAUUAGAAUGUAAUCUCAACAUGCAGCUUAUCUAGAUAGUUUCCCAGAGGAUUUAAAAAUUAGACUUAACUGGGAGGAUAACUUUGCUCGGCACACGACUGAAACGUAACCAUUGACACCAUGCAUUUAUUUUGACUGAAAUUCUUGACAUUUUUUCCUCCUGCCUUGUUACUUCAGUGCACUUGAACUCAUAUAAAUGCUUGUUUGGAUUAUUUGGGCUGUCUGAUUACAGUUUGGAUCUGAUUGCUCAUCCUGAAUUCAAUGUUAUUUAUCUGGUCUAUAAAAAAAUCAUGCCAUUUCAACUUUGUGAAAUAAGAUGUAAAAAAAAAAAUUUUUAUUUUUGCCAAGUUUUCCUUAGCAAAACCUAUGUUACAACUUCUGAAAUGUGAAGGAACACGUAAUAUAGUUGAUGAGUAUAUUAAUAGUAAAGCGAAUAUUUUAUGGGUACUUUGGGCAGAAUGUGAAAAGAAACUUGGCACAGUGGCCUUGAUAGUGAGGCAUCCAUUUACUGUCCUCUAAAGUGAGUCUGUAGCUUAGCCUGUAUAGUUUGUAAAGAAAUCCCAUGACCUUUAUUCGUUCUCUUGCCUUCUCUUAUAUCUCGUAUGGCACAAGUUAGGGGGAAGCUAGGAGGAAAUGUAUCACCUUGCUAUGCGUUUAUUUUAUUUUCAACUCUUGAGUGCCUAAAUGUGGUUACUGGCACCUCAGACAACCUUUUGAGAUUCCUGAUGUCAUUUUUUAUCCUCCUUCCUGUCAACCAGCAACUUAUUUUUCUUAUUAAAACCAGUAAUGUCAUAAUUGUUGAGGGCAAGCUUCAUUGUUGAUAGUGCAAAGUGUUGCUGUUGUGGUGUGUAUUUAUUUUGUCCAAGUUUGAGUACCCUAUUGGACAAGUGAGUGUGACUUAAGCUGGUGGCUGACACCUAUUGAUUUGCUAUGUGCAAAUGAUAGUACUAUUUUUCUGCAAACUCUUCAAUAAAGAAGCUUUUAAAAUAUUUGAAUACAAAAAAAGGAGCAAUUUUGAACUCAAGGGUUUUUUUUUUGUUUGUUUUAAGGGUUGCCGCAGCACUCUUUAAAUUGGUGGUUUUUAAUGAAUAUAUAUACGUAAUAUUUACUUUAUUUGUGUGUUUAAAAUAUUUUUUGAUAGACUGUAAUGUCUUAAGUGCAUUGGAAGGCAAGUGUUUGUAAUGGAACUGAAGUGUUUUCCCUGGACAGUUUGAUGUGCAUAUGAUUACGAUUUACAAUCUGGUUGUACUUUGCUUUUUAACUUAUUGACU